GGGCUUCAGAGAAGUGCAUCUCCUAAUCAGGUCACAUUUCAGUGGGGAUCCAACCAUCCAUCUCUCCUCAAGUCAGGAGAUCAGAGAGGGGAGAAGACAAAUAAUUGCUCUGCAGCAAGCAAGGGGGCGAGGAAAGCGCCACAUCAAAAGAUGAGAGCCCCAGGCUGUUGUCUGGUGCCGCUGCUGCUGGCCAUCGCUUUGGCGGAAGGGGACGGCAAAGGGGGCAAAGAAGGCGAAAACCCCGGCAAUUUUAUGGAGGACGAGCAAUGGCUGUCUUCCAUUUCCCAGUACAGCGGCAAGAUCAAACACUGGAACCGCUUCCGAGACGAUGACUACAUCAAGAGCUGGGAGGAUAAUCAGCCGGUUGAUGAAGGCUUAGACACCACCAAAGAUCCCUGCCAGAAAGUUAAAUGCAGCCGGCACAAGGUGUGCAUUGCCCAGGGCUACCAGCGGGCCAUGUGUAUUAGCCGCAAGAAACUGGAGCACAGAAUCAAGCAGCCUGCCCUGAAACUCCAUGGAAACAAGGAGAGCUUUUGCAAGCCUUGUCACAUGACCCAGCUUGCAUCUGUCUGUGGCUCUGAUGGACACACUUACAGCUCUGUGUGUAAAUUGGAGCAGCAAGCCUGCCUGACCAGCAAGCAGCUGACCGUCAAGUGUGAGGGGCAGUGCCCGUGUGCAACUGAGCAUAGUCCGACCUCGGCCACAGACAUCAAACAAGAGACCUGUACUGGGCAAGACUUGGCAGACUUGGGGGACCGGCUGCGGGAUUGGUUCCAGCUCUUGCACGAGAACGCCAAACAGAACAGCUCUGGAAAUGCCGGGACCAGUCCAGUAAAUGUGCUGGACAAGAGCCUGGUGGCCAGUUGCAAAGACUCCAUUGGUUGGAUGUUUUCCAAGCUGGACACAAACAGUGACCUUUUCCUGGACCAGACAGAGCUGGCAGCCAUCAACCUGGACAAGUACGAGAUUUGCAUCCGGCCUUUCUUCAACUCCUGCGACACCUAUAAGGAUGGGCGUGUCUCCACUGCAGAGUGGUGCUUCUGCUUCUGGAGAGAAAAACCUCCGUGUCUUGUGGAGCUGGAAAGGAUCCAGAUCCAGGAAGCAGCAAAAAAGAAACCUGGGGUCUUCAUUCCCAGCUGUGAUGAGGAUGGGUACUACCGAAAGAUGCAGUGUGACCCAAGCAGUGGGGAGUGUUGGUGUGUUGACCAUCUUGGCAUGGAGCUAACAGGAACAAGAAUGCAUGGGAAUCCAGACUGUGACGACAUUGUCGGGUUCUCUGGGGACUUUGGGAGCGGCGUUGGCUGGGAAGACGAGGAAGAGAAAGAGACUGAGGAGGCCGGCGAGGAGGCCGAAGAGGAGGAGGGAGAGGCAGGAGAGGCAGACGACGGAGGCUACAUCUGGUAGACACACCUAAGAGCACAGUUUGGUCAGGAUGCUGGCUGUAGGGCUGGGAGACAGCAGGCAACACUCGAAGGAGAGGAACAGCUUAACAAGAUGAUCAGGAAACACAGUUGAAUGUAACUAACUAUGGCAGAACAUGUGUGAAUGUGUGUGCGCAUGUGCGUGUGUGUGAGCUCACCUGGGUGAGUCGAUUCUCUUUACAUGCCUGUGGGGAUGAUCUGCUUUCUCCCAGCUUAGCAGAGAUCAAAGCUGUAGCAAAACAAACUGUGGCGGCGGGCGGGGGGGAGUACUCUGCACUCUAGGUUCAGGUGUGUGUGUGUGUUUUGUUUUAUUUUUAAAUUGUCGGUGUCACCUUUCAGCUCCUAGCCAUAUCUGCAAGGUGUCAGAAAUGCAUAUACCUGCCCCCUCUUCAUAGCAAUAGCUGUGGUACCCAGCAACAUCCUCCAGUAACUGCUGCACUGUUAGAUGAACACCCUGGUGCAGCAAAUUGCCACUGGCAUUUUGCAGUCACACUCUGUACAGACAGCCAGGGGAGCUGCUGAGCGUUCCCGUGUCUCCAUUACAGCAGAGAGAGCGAGGGUGGACACCAAGACGAGGGGCUAGGAGCAGCUCCUCCUAAAUGACAAUUCAAGGACCACGGCAGGCUAAGCCAGGCAGCAUAUUGCUGGUACAGAAUGCAGCUCAGCAGCUAACACAUCAACGAUCAUUUCAGAGGCAUCGAAGGAUGUGCAAGACCUUGCCUUCCUGGAAUAUCCUCUUUUGGCAGACGGGGUAUUGCAGUGCUUAGUUAACAGCUGACUUGUGCUCACCUCUGAUGGACUCAAGCCUGCCUAUUAGAGGGCUCUUAGGAAGGGACUUUUGAACUUGUCAUCUCUCAAAAUUAUCUCUGGUUGCUUUUCAUGUAAUGGAUGUGCCAGUUAGGCCUGUGGAACAAAGCAUUUCCUAGUUGCCUCGAAAUGCCCUGAUGGGGAGACCGAGGAAUUCUGCUAUAGAGCUGGCUGAGAAUGUUAGUUAAAAGAAGGAGGAAUAAGACUAUUGACUAAGACAAAGAGGCAGGGGAGCUGAAGGCCUAGGCAGCCCCACAGUUUCCCCAAACUGAAAAAGAAACCAUCACCCAUCUGACAGUGAAACAGCCGUCCCAACAGCUCUGCUUCUAAAUGAUCCCAGAUUGUAUUGCAUGUUUGCUAUUGUGUUGGCCUGUUUCUAGAGAGAGCUGCUUCGUACACCCAGGACUUUCUUUUAGUAUUAUUUUCCAAGCCAGUGGGAUUUAUGCUUUUCACCUGGACAGGGUUUAAUCACCACGAUAAAUUUAAAUUCUCAUUUGGGAGACAACUUCCCCCCUUCCAUUGCAUUUGGAUCCACUUAGUGCUUUGUGGGAACCACAAGCAUAUAUUGUGUGGAUUGCAAACCUAUGUGCAUUGCAGACAUGGAUCUGCUAGUACAACAUAGACAGAUGGUGGGUGCUUGUGUGCGUGUGUGCGUGUACAUGUAUGUAUGUGGAGAAUGGGGGUAGCCAGCUUGGCUUCCAUUGAGCAUUCUAGAGCUUACGCAAAACUGAGCUUCCUGUAGAGCCAUUGAGGCUUGAAAUGCUACUGCAUAUCCUUUAAAAAUAUACAAACUAAUAAUUGAUUUUUAAGCGAGCUAACCUCCCAGUAAGCCCAGCCACAUGCUUGCAGUGGUGCCAUAACGGAGAACACUGACGUAGUCCAGCUGUGAUAAUACAUGCGCCUUGCUGUGUUGAAAACUCUACCUUCCUUCUUGCCCAGUCUUACUUUUUCUAUAUGCCUCUGUCUACACACACACACACACACACACACACACACACACACACACACACACACCCCGCACAGACCUUCUUUCUUUCGCUGUUGCUCUUCCUCUGCAGAGAGAAUAAUCAAUCAUCACUGAGGGAGACUUGAACAUGUCACUACCAGAAGGGGGUGACCUUCUCUGUCAAUGCCCUACGGGAAAUAUUAUCUUAGGGAGUGUGGUUUUCUAUCCUUUUUCCUCCCUGCUCUUUCUCCUGCUAAGAGUUAUUUUGCAUCUUGUUGAUCUGUGCCCGAGCUUUGGUUUCUGGAAGCCCAGCACCCACCCACCCCGGUUGAGAUCUCCACCUCCUCAUUUCUUUGUCAUUGCCUUUGGAACCCUUUCCCUUCUGUCUGCAUCAUAGUUGUGUGUCUGGUACUGGGCUUGGUUUCCCAGUUAUGCAUGUCUAGUAACCUGUAAAUACAUUUCUCAAAUCAAAGAAGCCAAUUUGGCUCAUUCCACUGUUUGAAGCAGCAUCCCAGAAUUAAUGCAGAGGAAGAGAAUUACCAGUCCUUUGGCAGAACUGGAAAAGAUCCAUGUAAAGGUGUGUUUUGGCUGUGUUAAGAAGCCCCAUCAUGUAUGAUUGCUUUUCCUCCCUUCAGCUGCAUCAGCUCUGUGGUUGAAGACAGACAGUUGUCCCCACCCCCAGAGUGUUGGUCCAUGACAGACAGGCACACAGGGUGACCUGUGGUGUUCACCCUCAGCCCAUGAAUCAUUCUGUUCACAAGUUUUGUGCCUGAUUACUGUCAGGAUCUGGUCAAAGCUGCUCAAAAACCUGGGACAAAAGGAAUGUGCGAGAGCAGUGGCAGUGAUGCCCCUACCAGCCCACUUUCAACUAUUUCCUAUCUCUCGUGCAAGGCUGGUGUUGUAGGUUUUUGAAAUGAGACAAAAGCCAGUUUGAGGAGAAGUCAGGAGGACACACAAAAGGGUCUGUUUGUCAUAGGUAGCAAAACUUCUCUCAAACAAAUUCCAUGUCUCUUAAAAACUACUGUCCAGUUGUAAUUUUAAAAGGUCGGCGGUGGGGGGGGGAGAGGGGAGGUUUGAAACAAAUGUUGCGCUAUUUUUUAUCACUCUCUAGCACAUUCUCUAACUUCUACAGUUGCCAAAGUGGACAAGAUUCCAUCCAAAGCAUCAUGGGAGAAACUCGUCACUCUUUGGAUACAAAAUUAUUGAUGUCCUUUUUCUACUAGAGUUGCCAACUACUUUCCUAAUGGGGCCAGAGAAAUUGCACAGGGAAAUAUUUCACUAUUGCUACUGCUUCAUGCCUAGAAAAAUGUAUGUUGGAUCUGUUGCAUUUCUCCCUAUUGCUGUGCAGCUGUCCAAAGAUAAAAGAGUACUCCUAACUUCUUUUGCUAGGGACUUGUAGAGUCAUGAGAGAGACCAAAGGGUCUCUAAGCAUUUGCAGAGUAUAGCCAGCCCGCCCACCCCCACCCCGCCCUGGCCAUCACAAGCAGGUCUUCCUCAUAUGUGAGAUGGUGGGUAGGUUUUUCAAGUCAGAUUUGGGAGCGGUCUUGAGUUCUAGGGUCUUCCCUUUCUAGAAAGAAACCACUGCACAGGGGCUUCAAUGAGGAAAGGAGUCAGCAAUCCUGGUCUCUACUCGAACUUAAUUAAGACAGAAUCAAUUAACACCGCUUUUGAAAGCCUUGCUCUCUUUCUCCAUGCCAACAAGUUUGUCUUGACUUGUAAAUAAGGAAGCAACACAUUACAUACACACUCAGCCCCUUCCUUUUCACAGCUUUGCUUUCCACAGUGCACUCACCCUUCAGUGUUGUGUUGUUUUCAGUAAGAGCAGGAACCAUCUAACCAGCCUGGGAACUCAACACCAGAUAGAACUUUAGGGGGAAAAGACUCUCUCUUUUCCCAAGGGAACAGGAUAGGAUAUCAUCACCAUGCCAAGCAACAGUUCCAUCACUGGAGCUCCACAUAGCAAGCAGCUCUGACAGUUUAACCAGCAUAUGUCUUCUUUUGUGCUGGCGAAAAGGGAGAAGAAGCAGGAGAGGAAGCAUUUUAUCUUACUAUUAGGAUCAGUGCAAUGGCAAAAUUGGUUGGCUGGAACAUCAGACUGCAUUGCCAUAAAGCCUUUUAAAAAUAUAUAUUAAACUCAGUCUUAAUGUUAGGUAGCAGAUGAUUUUUGAGUUUGCCUCCUUUUUAAACAAGCAUCGUGCAAAGAUGGAACAGUGGGCAGAUUGUCUUUUGCCUAGCUAACUGGCCCGAGUAGCCACCCUAAUGACGGGUGGUACUCUUCUUUGCUUGACUACCUUAUGCAUUUUUAGGGGUACCCUGAAAGAAGAACAUGUAUAGGCGCACACUUAGAAGUGUGAAUGAAGAAUAUAUUUGCAACACAUCUCAUACAGGUGAACUUAUCUGGGAACUGUGAUUGGCUGCAGCUUCCUGUUGGGCACAACUUUAGUAGCAGAUUUGGGUUGGCCUCUGCUUAAUUUGUGAAAUGGCCUAAAGAGCUAGGAAGCUGCUUGCUCAGGCCACAGAUGGGCAAGAAAUGGCCUUGCACUGGAAUAUCCUGGCUAAUGAGCAUGGCAUAAAUGGAUAUAUGUGGAGAGACUACCCUUAGAGGGGUAUAGAGUACAGAGCACUUGUACCAGUUAUGGUUUUCCAUAAGCAAGGAUUUCCUUACCUUUACCUGCAUCCAUUCUGGGGGAACAUUGGAGAAGAAGGGAGUGGAACUUCCUUCCUCUCCAGAGUGUACCCAGAAAGGGAUCAAUGGCCUCUAUGAAGGGGGGGAAAGGUAACUGCUGCUAGUGUCAGCAGUGAGGUUCUAAAACUACAGCUGAUCAUCUUGAAAACUAUUUCCUCCAAAGGUCCUUCUCCCAUAUUCAGAAAUGACUUUUCAUUUUUAAGCAUAGGGCAUAGACUGCAAUUCUUGAACCUCCUUCUCUAAAGUUGACCUUCAGUCUGGAUCAGAUGGCUACCUGGAUGCUUUUGCCCUCUUUAGUGCAACUAUUCCAGAACAUGCGGUUUAAGGACUGCAACCUAAAAUUACAGAUCUAAGCAGAUUUCAAGUAGAAAUUAAAUGCAUGAGAACGUACAUAUCUAGCACUAGUUGUGUGCCAUACCGAGUGGACCAGGAUGAGGGUGGGGUGCACAUCCCAAUCUGUAUCAAAAGAUGCACCCAGUCAAUUCAGCCAGGUUCAGAUGUGCACUGAAAGACAGGUGCAGUGCAAAUCUAGAUCUGCAUCCUCAUUGGCUACAGGGUGUAAACCAGCUUCUCAUGUAGGUCUUCCUUACAGGAUGGGGGCAACUGUGUUUGGGACUGGGGUGUUCACAAAUGAGCGGCUUCUGAAAUCUGUGCUACGCCCAAACACACCUCUUCUCUGCUUUUGCAUUGAAACCUUAAAAUAGAUCAUUUCUACACUCCUUGUCACAAGCCUCCAAAUCUGUCCUCUCGUAAUGAAACAAAAGUAGAUCUGUAUAUUCUGGUCUAUUUAUUAACCCUUUCUCUCUCCUCUUGACUGGAUCUCAGCUCAGUGUUGAUGGAAAGACUGUGUAUAUUAAAACCACCAGUAGAUAAGUAUUUUAAAGGUGUUUGAAAUAAGUUUGAUUUUUAAAAAAAGAAACCACAAAAUUAUAUGCUUAAUAAACCAGAACUGAGAGAGACGCAAACUUGCCUAUAGCCUGAAAACAUAUUUAAAAAGUCUUAUGUGCAAUAAUAACUUUUGAACUUUAGAGUUAAAAUUCGUGUUCAAGUGCUUCGAUUUCAGUUUGUAUAUUUAAGUGCUGCAAUUGUAUUUCAGUAAUUCUAGAUGUUUAAAACAAAACCAAGUGUUAGAAUGUAUGUGUGCAUAUGAUGGGCUCUAGAACCCCGAGGGGACAAUCCCACCAAAGCUAAGCCCUUGGGAGUCCCAUGACCCCCUCUCUUCUAUCUGCCCCCUUGAAACCAUCAUGGGGUGUUCAAGAGCUCCUCUUUGGUUGGAUCUUGCCUCCGGCUUUUCUGGCCCUAGAGCCCCUCUCCCCUUUCUCUCAGCUGUGACACUCCUGUACUACUUCCCUAUGACUCCCUGGGGAACCCGUUUCACAUUGUCAGUCUCAGCCUAAUACUUACUUAUUUACUUACUUAACCUAAGGAACCAGGACACACAUACACCAUUCCCAGAAAUGAAAUACAACAUUAUUUUUUAAAAAAGGAAUAAAAAAUUUAUAAACAC